AUGGACCUCUCCCUCAUCGAAAAAGACCCCGCGGCUUUUGCCGCAUUGAUGAUGGCGAAGCCGCACGGCUCGGCCUUCACGCCGCCGAUCCAUGAGGACGGAGCUGAUAUAGACGGCGCGUGGUGCCGCGCGACCGACGCGGCCGUCGACGCGCCGUUCCUGAUCCGCGGACAUGAAUCGGCGGGCCUGAAACGACCAGAACUCACAAUAGACGACGUAGCCAUACUCGCGGGCCCGGACACGGAGGUGCCGGUCCUCGACGCGGCGACGCAGGAGCAGCAGCGCCGCUGGACGCUACGGGAGUGGGCCGCCUACAUGCGCGAGAAGACGCCGACAACGCACAAAGUUUUGAACAUCCUGUCGCUUGAGGUGAGCGGCACGAGGCUCGGCGCUUUGGUCAGGGCGCCGCAGUUCGUGCGCGACGUGGACUGGGUGUCGAAGACGCCCGAGGACCAGCGGCCAAAAGUCAGAAAGUACUGCCUCAUGUCCGCGAAGGGGGCCUUCACGGACUGGCACGUCGACAUGGGCGGCUCGAGCGUGUGGUACCACGUGGUGGAGGGCGCCAAGGUCUUCUGGUUCGCGCCGCCCUCUCCCAAGAAUCUGGACGCGUAUGCCAAGUGGAUCUCGUCGUCAUCUCAAUCCAAGACGUGGUUCGGCGACGUGCUGGGGGAAAGCGAGGUGUCCCGCAUCUCGCUCGAGCCCGGCUACGUGCUCUCGCUGCCGGCGGGCUGGCUCCACGCGGUCUACACGCCCGAGGACUCGCUCGUGCUGGGGGGCAACUACCUCCACUCGAGAGCCUUCGCGACGCAGCUCGCCGUCUUUUCGCUGGAAAAACGGUGCCGCGUCGACGCCGAGUGCCGCUUCCCGCACUGGGUCGAGACGGUGGCCUACGGCGCCGCGGCCGACGCGCGGCACCCGGCCGUGUCCGCCAACGACGCCGGCGCGCGGCGGUUAUUAUCAGAAACGCUCAAAUCGUGGUCGAGCGGCGGGGGGUCGCUGACGGCGUCCGAGCGGCGGCGCCUCGAGGCGGCGCUGGCGCGCGUCGCCGUGGACUUUGCGGCUUUGGAGAGCGACGUGGUUGGCGAGGCACCUAAACGUACAGAGGACACGCUCGACGCGUACGUGGCCCGGGGGUUGCAAGUGACGGCCGCGGAGCGCGCGGAGUUUUUGGAGAGCGCGGUUACUGUGCGCGCGAAGGCGCUGCUCCGGGCGCCGCCCAAGGACGACAAUGAUGAUAAGAACGACCGCGACUGGGGCGCGCCAAAGCCGAAGACCUUGUACGACUCGGACGACUCCGACGCGAGCGACGAGGACGACACGACGGGUCUGGGCAUCGCGGAACUCAAAGCUAGAUAUGGGGUCAACAAGGGCCCGCGGGAGAAGCGGCCGGCUUCAUCAAACGGGUCCGGCCCGAAGAAGCGCAAGAAGGCGCUCAAGGCUCCCAUCGAUAAGUUUGCCAGGCGGCGCGACCCGCGGCUGUCCAUCCAGGACGCGGAGCGCGGCGGCGCGGCCAACGACGCGAGAAGCGGCGGCGCGAAGACCUCGCUUUAGCUGGAGCGAGACGCAGGGCCGAGGCCAUGGCCGCGGCCGAGCGCGCCGUCGAGGCCUUCGACGCGGCGGCCUGGCUCGAGGCGCGCGCUGCGCCGUCGACGCGGCGGCGCGCGAGGCCGCGGACCUCCCGGGCCUCCUCGCGAAGCUGGAGGGUUGGGCGGCCCAGCACGACGGCGCGCCGCGCGGCGACGACUGGGCGCCGCCGCCGCUCGAGGCGCGAUUGGAUCAGGAGACGCGGACGGCGUCGGCCGAGGCUGCCCGUUUAGCUUGUGAGACGUUCGGCAUCCUCAACGUCGACACGCUGUUCGCGGGCUGCUUGUAGCGGCGGCGGCGCCCGUGGCGCCCGAGGAAGAGCCCGCGGCGCCGGCGCCGCCGCGGACGUACAAGCGGCCGACGGUGCGGACGCCCCGCCCCGUGAGGCGCCGUCCUUCGCGGCGGCCGCGCCCGCGGCGGCGCCGCCGCCGGACGCCAAGGCCGCGCUGACGGCACUGCGCGGCGCCGG